GUAAAACGUAAAAAACCAAUUCAAAGAAACAUAGAAAACGGAAACAUUCGAUCUCGCGGGGAAGACGAUCGACGAGGAGGAGCUCGCCGGCGAUGGGAGGAUCCACCGGCAUCGUCUACGGAGGCCUCAAGUACCAGGCGAGAUGCAUCGCUGAUGUGAGCGCCGACCCCGAUAACACGAGCUUCCUCGCCGGAACCCUUAGCCUGCGUGAGGAAAACGAGGUGCAUCUUAUCCGGAUGUCGACGUCGGGGACGGAGCUUGUUUGCGAGGGUUUGUUCUACCAUCCGAGUGAGAUCUGGGAUCUCAAGUCAUGCCCAUUUGAUCCAAGGAUCUUCUCCACUGUCUUCUCUUCUGGUGAAACCCAUGGAGCAUCUCUUUGGGAGAUUCCAGAGCUUUGUGGCCAGUCGAAUGCCCCACAAUUAAAAGAACUUGUUUCUCUCAAGGAACAUUCUUUCAAGAUCAAAUGUGUUGUUUGGUGGCCUACAGGAAAGCAUGAUAAAUUGGUCAGCAUUGAUGAUGGAAAUCUUUUCCUAUGGAGUAUAGAUUCUUCAAAUAAAACAGCCAAGGUAAUAUCACAAGAAUCUGUUGGCAUGCUUCAUAGCUUAUCUGGUGGAGUGUGGGACCCUCAUGAUCGUAAUGCUAUUGCAGCAAUGAGUGACUCAUCACUUCAAUUUUGGGACCUUCGUACUAUGAAGAAGGCUAGCUCAAUUGAACAUAUUCAUGUACGAGAUGCAGAUUAUAACCCCAAGAAGCAGUUCAUGAUUGUGACUGCAGAGGAUGGUUCUGGAAUACGUUUAUGGGAUCUUAGAAUGCCCAAGUUUCCUCUAACAGAGUUUCCAGGGCAUGCGCAUUGGACGUGGGCUGUUCGUUACAAUCCACAAUAUGAUGAACUAAUUUUGAGUGCUGGAACAGAUUCAGCUGUUAACUUAUGGUCUGCUUCUUCUGCUGGUGAUGAUAUGUCUUCUGAAAGCCCAAUAGAAUCUCCUACUCGGAAGAUUGAUCCACUGCUCAACUCCUACAAGGACUACGAAGACAGUGUUUAUGGUCUUGCAUGGAGCUCAAGGGAACCAUCUGUGUUUGCUUCAUUGUCAUAUGACGGGAGGGUGGUUGCAGAAUCUGUGAAACCAUACCUUCCAAGAAACUGAGAAUGUUCCCAUUCUUUUCAAUGCAAUGGUGAGGCUUGAUGUGCUCUUGGAUAUCUUUUCUUCCUUGAUUCCGGAGUGCUGUCAGCCGGCAUGAGGCGACGGUCCUGUAAACCAAAGAGUAAAAGGUGGUGGUGUUUUCAUUUUGAGAUGAUGCAUUAUGUAACAGAAUCAAUAGAAAUUUGUGAUUGUUUUUCUACACUAGAACAGAAUGUUAGUACCUUUUUUUGGUCUUACUGGUUAUGUAACAUGCUCCAUUGUUUCCAUAAAUUCCUUUCCUUUU